CAUGAUCUCAUAUCGGAGCUAGGGUGAGCACUGGAAUCAUGGGGAUUGCUAUGGAAGCUUGAACGUUGUCCACAGCCAUCUCUGCGUCUCUUGAUCUAUUCUUUCACCGCUACUAUGCAAAAUAUUCAGCGUUUAAUAUCUCGUCUUUCUACAUCAACCCCAAGAGUAUUCCGAUCUCACAAUCGUUAUGAAGCUCCUCAAUACAUGAUUUCCAGAAGCUUCUCGACCGAUUCUGGAGUCGGUGAUGACCAAAAAGACAAGGGAUUAGGAUCAUCCCUGACUGGCAUCGAUGGUAUGGAAUGGGACUCCGUGUCGUCAUGGUCCACUGGGUUGACACAGCAGCAUUUCGAUGGCCAAGUUGAUGGACAAGCUUCAGUACUUUCCAAUUUGCAAGAGAUAGAGGAUAAGUUGAAAGAACUGGAGGGUGAAAAUAAAAAGAGUCGGACAUUUGUGGAUGGAUGGGAUGAAAGGAUGCGUGAAAUAAGCGUAUUGCUGAAGCAAGUGCAAGAGCCCGGUGCUAGAGGAUCUUAUCUAAAGGACUCCGAGAAAGCUGAGAUAUAUCGCUUGCACAAGCAAAACCCCGAGAUUUACACUAUUGAGAGGCUUGCCAAAGAUUACAGAAUUAUGAGGCAGAGAGUCCACGCUAUUCUAUGGCUGAAGGAGCUUGAGGAAGAAGAGGAGAAAAAACUAGGCCAUCCCCUUGACGAUUCUGUUGAGGUUCUGCUUGACACUUGUCCUGAAUUUUUCAUUUCACAUGACAGGGAGUUUCACGUUGCAUCGCUUCCUUACAAACCUGACUUUAAGGUUAUGCCUGAGGGUUGGGAUGGUAUCACCAAAGAUUUGGAUGAAGUCCAUUAUGAAAUCUCCCAAAAGGAAGACGAGAUGCUUUAUCAAGAAUUUGUUCAAAAGAUGAAUUUCAACAAAAAGAAAAUGGCUGGGGAGGUGAAAUGCCACAAGUAUAGUCGGCGUCGCCCUUCUAAUGGAUGGACAUUUACGGUGGAGAAAUUAGGACCGCGAGGGAAGCGUGGCGGCGGUGGAGGCUGGAAAUUUGCUAGCUUGCCUGAUGGAUCCAGUCGACCGCUGAAUGAGAUGGAGAAAAUGUAUGUGAAAAGAGAGACCCCGCGCCGGCGACGCAGGAUACUUCCCUAGCUACUUGAUGAUUAUGUUUUGAACUGUUGAUUAGAUGUUAAGAAUAGAAGAUUCAACAUUCCUAGUAAUGUAUGAAUUCAAUCGCUUCAAACAUUUUUUUUUUUAUCACAUAUCUUCCUUUUAUA